GGUUAACAGGCACAUCAAUUUUGAAGUCAUUUCGAGCGGGUCCUAUAGCGAUUGGGACUCCGUGUCUUGAGGCCUCCAAUGUUUACGCUCGAAUUGUAGCUCCUUCACAGGCGUUGACUGGCACAAAUUGCGCCUUGUACAUCCAUGGCAGAGAGUCGUGCUUCGGGAGGGCGAGUGAAAUUGAAUGUUGGUGGUAGUGCAUUCGAGAGUUCCCUUUUGACCCUCACAAGAUUUGAUAAUAGUAUGUUCUCUGCAAUGCUUGCUGAUCGUUGGCAAAGACAGGAAGAGUUGUUUAUCGACAGAAAUCCAGCUCAUUUUGCAAAGGUACUCGAUUAUCUAAGAGAUGGAGAAUACGUCGUACUUCCUGAAGAUCGCAACUCUCUGAGAGAUCUUAGAAGAGAGGCUGAUUUCUACAACUUACCUGGUCUUGUCGAUAUCUGCUCAUCUAAAUUGGAGGAGUACGAGCAUCCAAACCAUGGCGAGCUGUUGAAAAUCAAUGUUGGUGGGGUUAUUUUCGAAACCUCUCUUUCAACUGUCACAAGGGCGAAGAAUAGCGUGCUUUUCGCUUUGGUUGCUGAUUCUCGACAAGAACAUGUAUUCAUCGACAGAGACCCGACACAUUUUGCAAAGGUACUGGAUUACUUGAGAGACGGCGAAAGGUUUGUUCCUCCUUCAAAUGAUGAUACUCGCGACAGUUUACGGAACGAAGCUGAGUUCUACAAUCUGCCUGGCCUUGCAAACUUGUGCGCGUGCGAUGUUGGCGAUAAAGUAAAAUGGACGAAGAAGGCUAUCGAUAGAUGCUAUAUGCUUCGCUGUGAGAAUGAAGAGUUUUGUUACUACUCUGGCUACAGAAACAAUUGCAUGGUCUGUGAAUCUGAAUUGUACGGAGAAGACGAAGGGAUCCCAAGGUAUUUCGGAAUGGAGAUGAGUGAAGUAACAGACAGUGAGGGUUGGUUUGCACUGAGUGAUUUCAUCACUCCAAGCAGUUUUGUCAGUGAGCCCCAUAUAGGAUACGUGAUGGAGGUCAAUAGCACCUGCUGCCUCGUUCAUUGGCAGCAUAAAUGCGGAGAAUACGAAAUCCAUGCCCCGAAAUCUUUGCUGCGGUUGGCUAAUUAUGUGUAAUUUUCUGAUUCGUGUACUUAUAUACCCACUUUUUUUAAACAUUCAUCUGCUUAAUCUCUUCUGAUUUUUACUCUAGCUAUGUUCGGGUAGCUGACUCUUUCUUCUCACAGUGGAAUCAUCGUUUUCGAAAAACUUCAUCAAAUCAUGUUUUACUUUGAAGAUCUUUUUGUUUUUGUUC